AUGCGUUCGAUAAUAAAGUUGUCAGUAUUAGUUAUUGCUUUAAUCUUAGUAACGUUGAAUAUUCAGUAUGUAACUGCUAUCGACGGUUUGCACAAACGACAACAACCAACCUCUGCAAGUUCUUCUCUUCCAACACAACAACCUUCAAACUCAUCUUUAAGUCAGGCGACCCCACCCUCAAAUUCAACAACACCUUCAAAUUCAACAACACCUUCAAAUUUAACAACACCUUCAAAUUCAACAACACCUUCAAAUUCAACAACACCUUCAAAUUCAACGAUACCUUCAAAUUCAACGACACCUUCAAAUUCUACAUCAUCAAACUCAACAUUCGCAAACCUUCCGCCCGCCGGGGCUGCUCCAGUUAUGAUCACAAUCACAUCUCCUCCACAAUCAGUUAAUAAUCUUCAAGCUAUCGGAUAUAACAUAACUUUUACAUGGACUUAUUCAUCCCAAUUCUCUACUAUACCAAAAUAUUUGAAUAUAACUGCUGUACCUUCGGCUACAAGUUCCAUUCAAAAUUACACUGUAGCUUCUAAUUUGGAUCCAGCUACCACAACUUAUACAUGGGAUACGAGUCAAUAUAAAUCUCAAAACGUUGAUAUGGUUGAAGGGAAGUACACCCUUUAUAUCUUUGAUGAGAGGGGUUGGCAACCACAAAAUACUGGUGGUGCUGGAAGGUUGCAGGCCGAAACGACUUAUACAUUUACCAUGUACAAACCUGGAUCCAAUGUUCCUUUAUCAGGUAAAAACAAAUUAACUCAUUAA